AUGGCAUCCGAGGACAGUAUGAAUGUGCAAACUAGAGAUGCUUUUGAUGAAGUAACAUACAAAAUGGAAAAAGUAAAUUGGGAAAAUUGUCCUAUUCAACAUUUAGGGGAUUUAUUUUUACCAGAAGACUCUGUAUCACAUUUACCUGACAUAAAAGAUAUAAAUAUAAAUCCUGUUUUCCCUAAUAGAACAGCAUUACUACACUUGCAUAACUUGGCGUUAAGUAGAAGCUUUUUUUGGAGUUACAUAUUACAAUCACGUUUUAUUAGGCCUGCGAUAAAUGAUACCUAUGAUCCAGGAAUGAUGUAUUACAUUUUAUCCACCGUAGCAGAUGUAUCUGCUAACCCACACAUAAAUGCUUCUGCAAUUUAUUUUGCUCCAAAUACAUCUUAUACACCAUCCUACAGAGGAUUUUUUAAUAAAACAAUGCCAAAAUUUGCACCUCGAGCAUACAGGGCAGAUGAUUUUAAUGAUCCUAUUCAUCUUGAGAGAAUAUCAACUUUGAACACAUUUACAAUACAGGAUUUGGGUGCAUUUCCUCCAGAUACUUCAAGCAUGGAUUACACUUCUGAUUUUUACAGAACAAAUGAAUGGUACAAAAAAUGGCUUCCUGAUCAAGUAUCUGGUAGACACGACACAAAAACAACUUACCAAGUUGCAAUUCGUUAUGCCAACAACACCAAUGAGACCUUUACCUUCCACGGCCCACCAGGUUCCGACGAGGUUCCUGGCCCCGUUAAAUGGACAAGACCUUAUUUUGAUUGUGGCAGAUCGAAUAAGUGGUUAGUUGCUGCAGUGGUUCCAGUUGCAGAUAUUUAUCCCAGGCAUACAACUUUUCGUCAUAUUGAAUAUCCUACGUACACAGCGGUAUCAGUUCUUGAAAUGGAUUUUGAAAGAAUAGAUAUAAAUCAGUGUCCUCGUGGUCCAGGAAAUGAUGGUCCCAAUCGUUUUGCUGACACUGCACGAUGUAAAAAAGAAACCACAGAAUGUGAACCGCUUAAUGGAUGGGGUUUUAGAAGAGGCGGGUAUCAGUGUAGGUGUCGGCCUGGCUAUCGAUUACCUAACGUUGUAAGGAGGCCAUUUUUGGGUGAAGUUAUUGAGCGAGCUUCUGCCGAACAUUAUUACAAUGGAUACGAUUGUUUAAAAAUUGGAUGGAUUCAUAAAUUACCGGCUCAAUGGGACAGAGCAACCAAAUUUCAAAGAGAAAAGUAUUUAGAUCGAUAUUACGAAUAUCGUACUUUCAACAAUGCUUCCGAUUUUAAUUUUACCGGUCCUAACUCAAUUCAUGUCAGCAAAAUAAAUAUCCAUUCAGUUCUUAAAUUUAUUUUAGGCGUAAAUGAAAGAAACUGUAAAGAGUAUCGUCCAGAAGAUUUAAUUUUGCAAGGAAGCUACAGUUACGGAGCUGAAGAGCAUUAUGAAAACGAAGCUAAAAUGGCAUUGAGACUGGCUAAUUUUAUAAGUGGUUUCCUACAAAUUUCCGAUCCGAAAGAAGUUUUUUCUGGUAAAAGAGUUGCCGAUGGUCCUUUAACUGAAGAUCAAAUGAUGGGGGAAACUUUGGCGUUGGUCAUGGGAGAUACAAAAAUUUGGGCCGCGGGAACUUUUUGGGAAAGAAAAAAAUUUACAAACAGGACCUACUUUGCACCUUACGCUUAUAAAACACAAUUAAAUACAAGAAUUUUUAAAAUGGAGGAUCUUGCAAGAUUAAAUAAAUCAAAUGAAAUUUAUACUAACAAACCGUGGUUUCAAUUCUUAAAGCAAAGAUGGGCAUCUAAUUUUGAUUCACUUGAAAAGUUUUAUUUAAAAAUAAAAAUAAGGCAAAACGAAACAGGAGAAAAUCAAAUCAAGUACGAACAUUAUCCGACAUCCUACAGAGCUGCCAAUCUCGAUCACGGGUAUUGGACUUCACCGUAUUUUGAUUGUGAUGGAAAAGUACCUAAAUGGGUUAUAACAUACGCAGCUCCUUUCUUCGGAUGGAAUAGUUUAAAAGCAGACUUGGAAUUUAAAGGCGUAGUCACAGUCACAAUGGAUCUUUUGCAAUUAGAUAUCAAUCAGUGUCCCUCCAAAUAUUCAACUCCAAAUGCAUUUAAGGAAACGCAUAAAUGUGACCAAAAAACGUCUUACUGUGUUCCGAUCUUGGGUAGGGGAUACGAAACAGGAGGUUAUAAAUGCGAAUGCAAACAGGGAUAUGAAUAUCCGUUUGAAGAUCCAAUUACAUAUUAUGAUGGCCAAAUUAUGGAAUCUGAAUUUGAAAAUAUUGUUAGUGACACGGCAACAAGAUUUGACAUGUUAAAAUGUCGCCUAGCCAAGGCUUCCUUUAUUUGCCCCUGUACAUAUCUUUUAAUAAUCUCAAUAUUUUUUUUAUAUUUCUUUAAAGUAGUUUAA